AACAAGAUAGAAUUUAUCGGCCUUUGCGUGGAGCGACGCACGCCCUGGACUGCAUCCUUGCACGGUGUGCACAAGGCCAAUGGCAUCUGGAGGUUACUCGACGGAGAAAAAGGCCAAGGUGGUCCUGAUUAAUGCCGAACGUUUGGACUUCGACCACAAGCUCGAUCUCUCCAAGCUCUCUGAGAUCGCCGAUGUCACGCGCUUCGAGUCUGAUGCAAGCCCUGAAGAGAUUCUCGAGAGAGUGCAGGGUCAGGACAUUGUGAUAUCCAAGGAAAUUCCCAUCCCGGGCAGCAUCAUCGCCAAGUUCCCUCCGUCCGUCCGCCUGAUUCAGGAGGCGGGCACCGGAUUCAACAAUGUGGACUUGCCAGCAGCAAAGGCCAAGAACGUCAUGGUGUGCAACUGCCCUGCGUACAGCAGCGACGCUGUUGCGCAUUUGGUGUUCACCUUGAUUCUGAACUUUUCCUGCUCGCUAGUGCCACAGAUGCGUAUGCUUCAGAAGGGCAACCGGGAUAAUUUCACCAAGUCACUCCAGGUGCCUCACUUCGAGCUGCAAGGCAAGAUCUUGGGGCUCAUUGGAGGUAGCGGUGGCAUCGGCAGUCAGGUCGCAGCGCUGGCUGAAGCCAUUGGCAUGAAGGUGGUGAUUACCAGCCGAAGUCCCAAGCCCAAUGCACUGCCUUUGGAGGAGCUCUUGGAGACAAGUGACUUCGUAAGUCUGCACUGCCCUUUGAAUGCAGAGACCAAGCACUUGAUCAACAAGGAUACCUUGAAGCUCAUGAAGCCAACUGCCUACCUCAUCAACACAGGUCGCGGCUCCCUCAUCAAGGAGCCUGAUUUGAUUGAGGCGCUGGAGCAGAAGGCCAUUGCAGGUGCAGGUUUGGAUGUGCAAGAGACAGAGCCACCACCGGAGGAUAGUCCCCUCUACACCCUGGAGAAUGUCAUUCUGACACCGCACAUUGGCUGGAAGCGAUUGGAGACUAGGCAACGGCUCAUGGACAUCGUGGCCGCAAACUUGACGGCCUUUUUGGCAGGGAAGCCAGUGAAUGUCGUUCAAUCCUGAGCGUAUGCAUUUGGGCCAGAAGUACCUGCAGCUUUAUGUGCUUCGUCCAGCCAGCGGCAGGAUGUGCGCGAAUUGUUUCACCU